GUACCCCACUCCCUCCUCCCAAACUCCCGGAGACAGCUGAGGUUCCAUUUUGUUUUAUUCUGGAGUUGAGGCUCACUGUCGCCAGUCAGUAAAAUCAAGUGCUGCUGCAGUCCUCUUAAAGUUAUCUUUGGACCGACGGUUGACUGGCUAUCGUUGCGAAAGCGGGCCACAGGCUGAGGCACAUAACUAAUUAAACGUGACCAAAUCAUGAGCGGAUGUCGUAUUUUCAUCGGCCGGCUGAGCCCCUCGGCCAGAGAGAAGGAUGUGGAGAGGUUUUUCAAAGGAUACGGCCGCAUCCGAGAUAUCGACCUGAAGAGAGGAUUCGGCUUUGUGGAGUUUGACGACCCCAGAGAUGCAGAAGAUGCUGUUUAUGAGCUUGAUGGCAAAGAGCUGUGCAAUGAAAGGGUGACCAUUGAGCAUGCUCGCGUGCGUCUGCGCGGUGGCCGUGGACGCGGUGGCGGCGGCGGAGGGGGACGUUUCUCUGAUCGCUACGGCCGCGGCUCCCAGAACAGCCGGAGUCGUAACCCUCCUCCAAUGCGCACCGAGAACCGCCUGAUUGUGGAGAACUUGUCCUCUCGAGUCAGCUGGCAGGACCUGAAAGAUUUCAUGAGGCAAGCUGGAGAGGUGACUUUCGCAGACGCACAUCGUCCCAAGCUCAACGAAGGGGUGGUUGAGUUUGCUUCUCACAGUGACCUGAAAAAUGCACUUGACAAACUCUCUGGAAAGGAAAUUAAUGGCAGAAAAAUCAAGCUCAUCGAAGCUGCCAAGAAGAGGUCGAGAAGUCGCUCACGAUCUGAGAGCUCCUCCCGUUCGCGGUCCCGUUCCCGUGGUCGCUCUGCAUCACGCUCCCCAAGACGCUCCCGCAGCCCUGCCAAAGCCCACAACCGUUCCCGCUCCCACAGCGGCUCGCCUGCCGGCGGCGCAUCCUCCCCAACCUCCAAAUCUAAAGAGCCCGCCAAGCGCUCCUCCAAGAUGAGCAAAUCAGCGACCCCGCCCUCCCCCGCGCCUGCCCAGAGAGCCUCCGCCUCCCGAUCCCGCUCGCGUUCACGCUCCCGCUCUCGUUCUCCUUCUACUGACAGCCAGCGCUAAAGGCUGAGUGUAAGUUAUCGGGAGUCAACAGAAGCCAUGGCUUGUUUCAUCAGUAGAAUCAGCUCGGAGGAUUUGGCACACUGGAGCUCCUGUAAACUCUCUUUUGAAAGAGUUUUCCCGGAGCAAGGUUUGCUUUUUCCUGUCUGGACAUUUCAAGUCACUGUUACUUGAUUUUCCCACAUUUACAGGUGUUCUCUGAAUCCAGAACAUUCUCGAACAGAACUUCUGUGGACAGCGAUGCUGUUUGUCCUCUUCCUCACUAGUCAAGAAAGCCCGGACGUGUAUCUGUUAACACCCUGUGGCUCAAUUUCAGGUGCGGACAUGCACCACCUUUGUUUCUUCUUGCAAAACGCUGUGUGAGCCAGCAUCUGCAUCAGUUAAAUGAAUCUCUCCACUAUAAUAAACUCUGAACAGGGAUUUGAAUUUCUGUUCAACUCGAGGAUGCUUUUGAUACGUCACCACUUAAUCCUUUUGUGAUACCUUUUGCUGGUCAGUGGCAGAAUUUGAGAUCAUAUUUCCUGUGCUUAUUGCUCAUGUUUUCUGAACCCCACAGCUGCUGCUGUAUAACUUCUGAUGGUUGCAUGUGCUUUUGUUUCAUCAGAAUAUAAUACCUUUGUUUUUGUUUUGUUUUUUUACCUAUUUGUGCUUAAUACUCUUAAUGUAACUUUGGCAGCUCUCUAUCAAGAACAAUUGUGUAUAAUUAAGCACAGCAUCAGUUAAACAGCUGUACAGAAAAAUUAAUUUAAUAAAUCCCACUUUUUUUUUUCUUUUUUUUUUGCGAUGGCUUUAUUAUUUUAAGAGUCAAAAACUCAAGGAUCAGUGGUUUUGCUUACAGAAUGCAGUUUUCAUUAGUGUUGUACUUGUUUUUAUUUGGGAUUUUGUGUACAGAUUGCAGACUUUCGUUUUAAAUGUAAUUCCAGUGGCCCUUGUUGGUACUAUGAGAGUUUGGGUGGGGGGUAGAUUUUUGUACAUGAGGAUUUUAUUUUCAGUGAAAAUUAUAAUGGGUGUUUGUAUGGUGUAGAAAGACAAUAGACUUAACUAAUAAAAGAAUUUUCAUUAAAACUG